AUGGGCCCACCGUUAGCUUCCGCUAUGGCACACCCUGCCGCGCCGCCCGUCACCCUGCGGCCCGCGUCGCUUGCUGCCCGCAUGCGCCCUGCUGCCCGCGCGCCCUGCAGCCUGCGUCGCCUGCUGCCCCCGCAUGCGCCCUGUUGCCCUGUGCGCCCCGCGCGCUCUACUGCCUGCGUGCCCCGCGUGCCCUGCUGCCCUGCGCGUCCAGCGCGCCCUGCUGCCCCGCGCGCCCCGCGCGCCCUGCUGCCCUGCGUGCCUCUUUCACAGGUGGGCUGCUGGGCACAGGUGGGGCUGCUGGUCACAGGUGGGGCUGCUGGUCACAGGUGGGGCUGCUGGUCACAGGUGGGGCUGCUGGUCACAGGUGGGGCUGCUGGUCACAGGUGGGGCUGCUGGUCACAGGUAGGGCUGCUGGUCACAGGUGGGGCUGCUGGUCACAGGUGGGGCUGCUGGUCACAGGUGGGGCUGCUGGUCACAGGUGGGGCUGCUGGUCACAGGUGGGGCUGCUGGUCACAGGUGGGGCUGCUGGUCACAGGUGGGGCUGCUGGUCACAGGUGGGGUUGCUGGUGCUGGUGCUGGCGGCUGGCGCUGGUGCUGGUUCCUGGUGCUGGCAGCUGGCACUGGGGCUGGUUCCUGAUGUUGGCGGCUGGCGCUGGGGCUGGUUCCUGGUGCUGGCGGCUGGCGCUGGUGCUGGUUCCUGGUGCUGACGGCUGGCACUGGGGCUGGUUCCUGGUGCUGGCGGCCGGCGCUGGGGCUGGUUCCUGGUGCUGGCGACUGGCGCUGGGGCUGGUUCCUGGUGCUGGCGGCUGGCGCUGGGGCUGGUUCCUGGUGCUGGCGGCUGGCGCUGGGGCUGGUUCCUGGUGCUGGCGGCUGGCGCUGGGGCUGGUUCCUGGUGCUGGCGGCUGGCGCUGGGGCUGGUUCCUGGUGCUGGCGGCUGGCGCUGGGGCUGGUUCCUGGUGCUGGCGGCUGGCGCUGGGGCUGGUUCCUGGUGCUGGCGGCUGGCGCUGGUGCUGGUUCCUGGUGCUGGCGGCUGGCGCUGGUGCGAUCGCCCCAGCCGCUCAUUCGCCCGCUCUGCCCGUCGCAUUCCCCCCGCGCCAGCGCCAGGAACAGCACCAGCGCCAGCCGCCAGCACCAGGAACCAGCACCAGCGCCAGCCGCCAGCACCAGGAACCAGCCCCAGCGCCAGCCGCCAGCACCAGGAACCAGCCCCAGCGCCAGCCGCCAGCACCAGGAACCAGCCCCAGCGCCAGCCGCCAGCACCAGGAACCAGCCCCAGCGCCAGCCGCCAGCACCAGGAACCAGCCCCAGCGCCAGUCGCCAGCACCAGGAACCAGCCCUAGCGCCGGCCGCCAGCACCAGGAACCAGCCCCAGUGCCAGCCGUCAGCACCAGGAACCAGCACCAGCGCCAGCCGCCAGCACCAGGAACCAGCCCCAGCGCCAGCCGCCAGCAUCAGGAACCAGCCCCAGUGCCAGCUGCCAGCACCAGGAACCAGCACCAGCGCCAGCCGCCAGCACCAGCACCAGCAACCCCACCUGUGACCAGCAGCCCCACCUGUGACCAGCAGCCCCACCUGUGA